UCACAAAUGGCCAGUGUUGUCAUUCUUAAAAUGUGGGAAGCGGUUUUCUUUUUAUGUUGCUUGUUUUAAUGGUUUUGUCGUGUUUAGUCCAUUAACAUUACAAUGGCUGACUACUGGAAGUCGCAACCGAGAAAAUUCUGCCAGUAUUGUAAGUGCUGGAUUGCAGAUAACAAGCCUAGCGUAGAAUUCCACGAAAGAGGCAAGAAUCACAAAGAAAAUGUGGCUGCCAAAAUUUCAGAGAUUAAAAAGAAGAGCAUUGACAAGGCGAAGCAGGAGGAGCGGAUGUCCAAACAGUUUGCAGCAAUGGAGGAGGCGGCACUGAAAGCCUAUGAGGAAGAUCUGAAGAGGAUGGAAAGGGAAUCACAAGGAUUAAGUUCUCCAACUCCAGCUCCAGCAAAACCACAUCCACAACCUCAAGUAAGACCUCAGCCCAAGAAACAAGAAAAGAAAAGAGAGAAAGCAAAGAAGAAAUCCAGAGGAAAACCAGAACAGACACAGGUUUGGGUGGAAGGCCUGACAGAUGAUGGAAACACGUACUUUUACAACACAAUAACUGGAGAGUCUCAGUGGGACAAACCAGCUGGUUUCCAGGGAGAAAGUUCAGCCUCUGCACAGUCUGAACAGCCUGAGAGUUCCUCAGGCUCUGUUUGGAUGGAAGCUGUCAGUCCUGAUGGUUUUACAUAUUACUACAACACAGAAACAGGAGAGUCCAGCUGGGAGAAACCAGCAGACUUUCCUUCUAAUGAAGCACCUGAAUCCAACAAAGAAGGAGAGAGCCAGGACGAGCCUUCAGCUCCUGAGCCGGAGCCACUCUCAGGAGGAGAGGAGAGCUCCAAGGAGGCAUCUGAGGAGGCACAAGCUCCUGAAGACGCUAGUCAGCAGCCCAAAGUCCCAAAGAUCAGCUUCAGAAAAAGAAAAGCCGAGGCUGAGCCUGCAGAAAAACUAGAAGAAGAAAAAGUGUGUGAUGAUGUUUCUAAGGAGGAAGAGAAAGAGACAAAAAAAGAGGAGGAAGCCCAAAACACAGCAACUGAACCUGAGAAAACAGAGGAAAAGCCCACAUCAGGGGGGAGACAGGCCAAAAGACCAAAAGCUGCCAAUCCAUAUGGAGUCUGGGAGCAGAUAAAGGAAGAAGUAGAUCCAUAUACAAAGGUGGACUUACAGUUGCCCCAGGUUGAGGAAGGCACCACCAGCGCUCAAGCCGACCUCCCUCCAGAGCCAAAACCAAAGUUCAGGGAACGGGUCAUCACCUCCAUCGGAGAUGAAAGUGGACCUGCUUCUUUCAGGAAAAACAAGACACAGAACGGCAAAUCCAGAAGCCUUCGACAGAGAGACAACGAUGACUGACACGAGCACAAAAACAUCCAAGCUAGAAUUCAGCAGAUUUAGACUUUAACAGAAAUAAUUUUCUCCAGGAACUUUUCCAAGAGCCAUUUUAAAUUUA